CGAUUGAUCAGCUCUGGGAGGGGAGAUGCAUGCAGGGCCGGGGCUGCUACUCACUCGCUCUCAUCCCUUUCGCUAAUCGCCUGGAACAUGUUACAACUACAACUCCCGGCAGCCCUCUCACAUCAGCUGUGACUGCAGAUAGUGCCACUUGUAUCUUAUCAUCAACUACAACCCUCUGUAUUGCUUUGUUUGCUCACAAACAUAAUCUAUAUUAGUAUCCCUCCUGCCCCCCUCAUUUAUAUUGCCCCUUAUAGAUUUAUUAUAGAAUUGUCCCAGGGCGGUUCCCAUAGUGCAGCUCUGUGUCUCUUACUGCAUGCUCAUGCCCCCACAAUGCACAGGGAUGUUUACCAGCUUUAGUGGGUGGGGAUUCCAUAGAGAAGCAUUCCCCUAACUGCAUGGCAACAGUUUGUAUAUGCCAAUCACUGAGCUGGUGUCCCAUGGCAACAGCCCUGCCCUCUGCAUAACAGGUAACUACCCCUACUGCUGCCCUCACCAUCUGGAUAUGUGCCCCCAUCAGCAUGAUGGACUGCAUGACCCAGAACAUGGACAACCCUUUACUUUCCCAGUUUAUCAGCAGAUUAAACCGCGCCGGACCCCCCUCACAAUCUAAACUGUACAGCAGCUGGUCAGUGUGUGAGGAUGACUGCUUCAAGGCAUCCAACCCGGAAUGCAGGGAAAAAAGCAUGCUUCUGAAUUUCCCUACUGAAAUCCAAGGUCAAGCAGACACAAACGAUGUACUCUCUCAUAUUCCCCAGGAGCCAAACAAAGGGGAAGCCAUGACAGACUGGGAUUUGCUGGCAAAGCUGUUCCCGCCUUUAUGGGCUUCGCACGCUGAAGACCAUAGAGAAUUCCCAAACUGUCUCCCCAACCAUUUUUCAGACAAUACCGAUUUGCCAAAUGUCGCCAAUACCCAAAAUUUUGCAGAAGAAAGCAGAUGCUUACCAGACAUGGAGAGCAUCCAGAAGGGGUUUCAAGACCUUGGGCUUCUGGAGUCUUGGAUGUCUAACACAGAAGAAUGCAGUCCACGCAUGGAGGACUUACUUAAAGACGUUUACAAUGAGAAUCCCGUCUUGCAGUUGAGUUCAGCACUUAAACAAAUCGAGGGGCCAAACAAAUCCAUGGGAGAUAACCUCAAAUAUAAGAACUAUGUCAUGAACAGCGGCAACAACUACUGCAACGCUCAGAAGAGGGUCAAGGAGUAUUCUGCUCAGGAGAAACAUGGGUGGAAAAGCGACAGAGGGAAAGGUAAGUCCCCGAAGAACAAUGGUGCCGGCCAGAGCCAUUUCUCGGUCAGCUCAAGAGACGAUUGGAGCAAAGAGAAGUAUCCUAAAACGUACGACUAUAUGAAGCCACCGUUAACCAUGAAACAGUCCACCUACAAUUACAGUCAGCCCUUCCCGAAAGAAAGAGGGUUUCCGAAUGCCGGCCCAUGGAAACCAUAUAACGAUCCUCCGGAGAACCGUUAUAAUAACUUCCCGGCAGCCGGCUCCUUUGAUUGUUAUGAGAAUUCCACUCACCGGAGUUUUACAAAGAGCCCUGAAUUUGACUCCCAUGUGAAUUCCAUUAAUCACAAUGAGAAUAUUCACCUUUCUAGCAUGGGUCCCAGAUGGUUGGAUAGGGACGCCUCAAAAAAGGCAACCAGCUCUCUCCCAUCUCCAGUGAACUCCACCUUCUCUGAUGGCUCCCCGACUCACCACUCUCGCCAAGCCAGCUAUUUUUCUCAUGUAUCUCCCACGGGACAUGCAAGCAAAGAUGGUUCUGUCCAAAUCAAUGGUUCUAGUAAGAUGCCCGCCUUUUCUAACUUUGGAGAGAAUGACCAAAGACCCAGUAAUCUUUUUGGCAACCCUUCCCCAAAGAAAGACGGUGGGAAUCGAAAAAUGCCCCCUGUUUUCCAACCUGCCUGGCCACAUCAGCAGCAAAGCCCUGUUCAGAAUAACACUGAGAAGUUUCACAGGCCCCCCAAAAAACACAGCCCACAAAAUAACGGGAAUCCUGAUAAACGGGGAAAAAGAAACUGGAAUGUCCAGGCACCACAGCAAUACAACGGCUUCCCAAGAAAGUCUGACCCCAGUGUUGGCAAUAUCUCCGACUUCAUCAACGCAUCGUUUCUUCCAUCUUUUUCCUCCGUGUCAGACUUCAAGCAGAACCCAAAUUUUCCGACGUUGAAUCCGCAAGCCUUUUCACCGCCAGGCAAUAUGACUCUGCCCCCUCCUCCUCCUCCGUUUCCCUUUUCUGAUCUUAUUGAUCUGUUCCACUAUGAAGAUCUCAAUCACCUGAAUCCAUUUCUAAGUGAAUUGUUAUGUGGAGACCUUUCCCCGCAAUACUUUGCAUUUCCCACGCCAUUUAAUCGAUAUCGGCCGCCCAGGAACCGAAGCGGACCAGCCAACGAGCUUCACAUUCAACUCGAAGAGAGCUGCGAGCAGUGGAGAGCUCUGGAAAAAGAACGCAAAAAGUCCGAGGCUGACCUUGCCCGUAAUUUCCCAGGAAGUAGAGUUUCCAGCUCUUACAGCUCCAAUAUCCCCAAGCUUCCGACAAACCCAUCCAGAGUUGACCGUCUAAUUGUCGAUCAGCUAAGAGAACAUUCUAGGGCUCUGUCUUUACUGAAAAUAAUGGAAAAAAUCCGAGGUGCGGCUCUCCAUGUGAACAUCACAUUGGCUCUGGAGCAUCAUUUGGAGGCGAUUCAUUUGACACAAGCGCGGCGCAAGGACGAGAUCGUUAAUGCAGCAAAUCGCCAGAAACAAGGAGCACCCAGAUACAAUAAUGAGAAAGAUGUGCUUGCCUUGGCAGCCGCUAUCAAAGAAAUGGUGAUAUCGACACGGAAAUCCCGAACCGCUCUGUGGUGCGCCCUGCAAAUGACGCUGGUGAAAUCUCCGUCUGGUGUUGCGGCAAGGCAAGAGGAUGUGGAGCGGGCCUUACGGGAGCUGUGCCCCAAACACACCCUGGGUGCGGAUGCCGUGAUCAGCAAAGAUAUUCAAGACGGAAAAAAAGAAAGUGGGCAGUUGCAUUUCCAGAGUCCCAAUGAAUAGGAGCUAAUGUUCCUCUCUACCACGGAAGGAAUGGAAUGUAUUGAACUGCCAUGCUAUUGGUUACACGUUGUGUUGGCCUUUAGUACAUGGCAGUUAAUGGUUUUUGUAUAUGCAUCUGCUACAGCAUUUUGUUAUGUAGUUACAGCCUUUUCGGUUGGGGGAGUACAGUAUCUCCUUACCCAAAAAAAGCAAUUGAUAUUUUUUAUUUUUUUUUGCAAGUGCUAUUGUGGUCGCGCUCUCCGUUAAACACAAAGGAGCGCAACAAACACGGUUCUGAUUGUGUCACUGUGAUCCCUGCUGCAUCACUAGGAUUCCUGACACCUUUAUAUCCAAUACAGAUUUACAUUUCUAUGUAUAUAGUUUUAUUGCCCCCACCCUUGCCAAAGAUAGCAAGUAAACGGUCACUCUCCGUUUGUCGUUUAGCAACACCGUCGAGGAUGGCUGGGUAUUCACUGCAAGCUGCCCCUGUUUAUGUUGCAUGUAAUAUAGCUUAUCAUUCUUGCUGUCUGGCACUCAAACAGUUAAUCAUUUGCUGCUAGAGGGGCGUGGUUGCUAUAAUCGGCUCACAUCAUACCAAACUUUCCGGUUGCCUAGGGUUACCACGUCACCCCUUUAAAACCGAACACAUAUGGAAUCCACAGCCUGCAUGACUAAUUCAUUUUAGCGAUGCACGGAAUCCCGGAUUCGGUUCGGGAUUUGGCCUUUCAGCAGGAAUCAGAUUCGGCCGAAUCCUUCUGCCCAGCCGUACCGAAACCUAAUUUGCAUAUGCAAAUUAGGGGUGGGGAGGGAAAUCUCGUGACUUUUUUUUGUCACAGUAAAAAAUGUUUUCCCCUUCCCACCCCUAAAUUGCUUAUGCAAUAAGUGCAUUUGGUGCAUCCCCAAAUGCACUAUUGCAUAUGCAAUAAAGGGGUGAGCUGGCAACCCUACUGUUGCCGAUAGGCAUAAUUCAGCCUGUUGCUGACCUACAGCUCCCAGCAUGCCCUGCUAGAUCGGAUUUGCUGGCUGAGGCUUCUGGGACCUGUUUUUCAGCAAAUAUCUUACAUAAGCUUACUGCAAAUACAUGGCUGUUCUCUAGGUAAUACUGUAUAUUAUAGCGCAUUAUACCCCCUAUCCUACGGGAUAACGUCUACUAAUUAUACCCCUUCCACCCCGGCCUGUGAUUUACACGGACGACUUACAAAACUCAUCACUCAGGAUUUAUCAAAUGUAAUAUUUGUCGAGGCGAAUGAAACUUUGUAUUGCGUUAUAGGUUGCACUUAAUCGAUCUAGUUAGCUGGUGAGAUAGCCGUUAAUUUAAAAGGAAAUGCGUUUUCCUGUAUUUAUUAUUCUCGUAAGGAAUUUACUAGGUUAAUCCAUGUAAAACUUCUUUUUUUUUUUGUUCCGUUACCUUUAGCAAUGUAAUAUAUACUCAGGAAAUUGUCUAUAGAUAAAUUGUGUGUGUGUGUGUGUGCACUAACAACACUAGAUAUCGGACAGGUGUAAAGUGACGUUUCACCAUCGUAGUUUUUAGAGUACCAAAGCGCUUGUUCUACCGUUUUUUUUUUUGUUUUUUUUUUGUGUCUUCUCGUGUGGCUUGGACAAUCACGUCUUCUUUGUUACUGUGAAUGUGUGGGCGGGGGGGGUCCGUACAGGGAUACGAAAUAUCUGUAGCGGUCGCAGACAGAGGGGACGGCCUUCCACAUCUCUAGAUAUAGAUUAUUGUAAUGGUGGGCUGCUGUGCCUCUGGAAGAACUACAACUCACACCGUGCACCGAUUAUGUAGGUGCUGAAUACCGGAAGCUGUAGCUCUGGAACGUGCUGCUCGGUUCCAUACGUAAUGCGUGGUACUCGUUGUUUUUGUAAUCAAAUGUAUCAUUUCAAUGUGUGGUUUUUUUUCGUUUUUUUUUUUAAAGAUUAUAUUAUGGUUUUGUUUAUUUGGUGCUAGCUUGAUAACCUUAGAAAUGAUAGUUUACAUUUAAGUUCUGUCCCUAAAUUCUAAAAGUGCUAACCACAAAUGUGCGUUUCAUGCAGAAGAGCCUUUUAUCGCCGUUUAUAAAAUCGUUUAUAUAAAGAGAUA